CGGAACGAUGCGGAAGUCGCAGUCACCGUGGAGAACGUAAACUAAUGUCAAGAAACCGCGUAAAAAACAAGAGAAGAAGAAAAGCAGGAAGAAGAGAGGGAAGAAGAAGAUAAACAGGAAGAGAGAGAGAAGCUGCUCUUCUUCACCGGCAUGUAGCGUUACUCAACUCCCCGUUACUGUUACUCUGCGCUCCGUUACAUCUGGCCGCCGGUCGGGGGACCGGUGACCGGCCCGGUUCAGAGAGUCCAUCCCGGUUCUUCUCACGGUUUCGCGGAUCAGUGAAAGCUGCGAGUCCCGCUUCGUCCCAUCCCAUGGAGGACUUCCUGUCAUCAGCCCUCCUGUCUGAGUCCAACUCCACAACCUAAGUCGGACAGCGGCUCAGCUUCGACUGCUUCCUCGCGCUCGCAGAAGAUCGCCCAGGCCAAGUGGGACUUCCUGUUUGGAGGCCAGGGGGAGGAGCCUCGCUGCUGUCGAGCUGAAGAAUCAUCCUCAACGCCACUGACCAGUGGCUUUCCCAGCCCCACCCCUCCCUCCUCCCUACAUCUGAAAACAGCUAAUCAGAGGAGGGGGCGGGACAACCAGGGUCCAAAGUUUUCCCAUCACAAAGUGCGGCAGGUCGAGGUGGAGCUGGUGACGCCUUACCUCACAGGCACCAACCGGGAGACGGGUAUCAUCCGCCGGAGCAUUAAAUACUCUGAAACUGAUCUGGACGCUGUUCCGCUGCGCUGCUACAGAGAAACCGACCUGGACGAGGUGAUGCGGGCGGAGGCGGAGUCAGCAGAGGAGGCAGAGGCGGACUCGGCCUUUGGGAGUAACCGCAGCGUCCAGGCAAACUACAGCCUCAGCCCCGCUGACGCCCCCCCGAAACCCCGGACAGGACGAAGGGAGGAGGGGGAGGAAGAGGAGGAGGAAGAAGAGGAGGAGGAGGAGGAGGAGGAAGUAGUGGUGAGCUGGGCCAGUGUCAGGAUGCUAGGAGACAAACAGAGACAAAGAGCCACUAAAGACGAGGACGAGGUGUUCGGUCUGCUGCUGAAGGGGCCGUCGGAGGCUUCGACCGAAAACCACGGAGGCCUCAAGUCUCCGAUCUCUGUGGGCAGCCCCCGCCGACCCUCCGACAGCAACCUCGACUCCUUCAGCCGCCAUUUUGAAAGCAUCAUGGAGUCUCACCGGGCCAAAGGCACCUCGUACAGUAGCCUGGACAGUGUCGACCUGCUGACCUCUGGAUCCACGUCCGUGUUCACCUUUGACCUGCCGACCCUCACCCCAGAGAUCCAGAGUCAGAUUUGCGACAGCGCCAAGCAGAUCAUCGAGCUGAGCUUCGCCCCGCUGGCCCGCCCAGACCCGGUCUCCACCUCAGAGACGUCUCGCUCCGACAUCAGCCUCGGUGCCUCGGUGGCCCGGCUCCGAGCGCGGUCCGGAGACGACACUGGCCCUCCGGUCCGCUCCAGGUCAGAGAAGGAUUCGUGGCGUCGCUCCAACCUCAAAGAUGGCUUCCGAAAGGCGAGCUCGGCCCCGUCCCUCCACAGCAGCCCCAGGUGA